AUAACAGCUGUUUAUUAUGACAUAAAUACGUUUUGUCGUUUGGAAAAUUUUAUUAAAAAUAAUUACGAGCUGUGAACCAAAGCAUUAUAACAAAAAUCUAUAAGAAAACUAAAGAUUAGGUGCUUUGCAUAUUAGCAAUGUUUUCGAAAUGGUGUAUAGCCGGCAAACUGACAUCACAUAUCCAACAAUUACGACAGAUGCAUAUCAAAAGGGCUGAGCUCUAUAAGAAAUGUUGUCGUAUUUUGGGUGUUGAGGACACAGCAGAUCAAAACACCGUACGCCGUGCCUAUAUUGAAUUGGUGAAAAAAGUUCACCCCGAUUCAGGGCUUCCCGAUGCUUCACAUGAAAGAUUUCAGGAGGUGGAUGAGGCUUUUAAACUGCUGCAAGAAAAAUUUGCCAAGAAUCGUCGAGGCAUCUAUGAGGAUGAUGAAGAGGAAGUACCUGACAUACGCCAUACUGCACCGCAACAUCGUCAAUAUCUCAGUUUCGAUGGUUUGGGUGUGGGAAAUCCCUUUCAACGCCAAAAGCAGUACCAACAAAUCAAAGCCAUGAAGGCCCAGGAGCGUGUACUCAAACAUCGUAUAGACAAAUCCCAAGCCGAUGAAAAGACCGUCAUGAAAAAGGGCACUUUCUUCAAGAAGCAUGCCAUUAAAACAAAAUAUGGAUUUGACCGUUUGGUGGAGGAUUACAUACAGGAGGCCAUGUCUCGUGGAGAUUUCAACAAUUUAAGUUGUGCUGGCAAACCCUUGACACAGGCUCAAACCCAAAAUCCCUAUUUGGAUUUUACCACACACAAGCUAAAUAAAAUUCUUAUAGACAAUGGAUUCACCCCCGAAUGGAUAAUGUUGCAAAGGGAUAUAAGAGAAGCUUUAGAUCAACUGAAGGGUCAUAUUAAAAAGGAAAGGGUAUUCUAUGGCAAAUAUCCCCUGAAUGAAAGUGAAGCACACCAAUGGCAGGAAUUCCUGAAAAACUAUACUGAAGAUGAGAAACAAAUCAAUAAAAAUAUAGACAAAUAUAAUCUUAUAGUGCCCAUAUUCGAUCAUCAAUUCUUUCGUGUGAAUUUGGAAAAGAUAGCUGAAAAGAUACUUCAAGAUCCCUCGCUGGAAUGUAAUCGCAAGAGGCCUCAAUCUAAUCAACAAAACAAUACUUCCAGCAGCCAAGGCAAAUCGGACAUAUUUUCCUUUAUGGGCUCAUGGUUUUAAAACGAAGAAGAAUUGUGAUACUCAAACACAAGUUGUGAUAUUUACUUAAUUAGUUCAAUAUUAAAUAUUUAACUUUAUUUUCAUACAAAAAUAA